AUGAACUUAUAUAACUUAAAGUUAUCUGACAAACUUCGCUACUGUACUUUUACUUCCGCUACUACUCCUACUUCACUUGCUGCUGCCCCUGCCUCUACUGUUACUUCCUUUACUGCUGCUACUUCUGUUCCCGCAGUUGCUCUUACUCCUGCUCUCGUAGACUUCUCUGCUGCUGUAGCUGCUACUACUACUGAUCUCUCCGGCUCUGCUGUUUCUUCGCCCGCUUUGCUGUUCUUCACUCUAGGUACUUCUUCUCUAGUUCCUGCUAGUCCUGCGGCCGCUCUGCCUGCUGCUCCUGUAGCAGUUCCAGUCGCUGCCGCUACUAUUCGCUCUUAUACCCCCUCCCCCGAUCUCUUUACUACUGCUUCUAACUCGCUAGCUGCUCUGCCUACUACUUCUGCAGCUCGUACCUGCACCUGCACCCCCUCCCCCGAGCUCCCUGCUACUGCUCCUAGCUCGCUGGCCGCCGCCUAA